CAUGAUGGCUUUGUGCAACACAAGUCUUGUGAAAAAAUGUGAAAGUCUGAUGGCAGCUUUAAUACUAAGAGAAGUUCACUUCCUCAUUGGACUCAUUUUAGAGAAGCACAGGCUGUGUUUAACUUUCACUUUUGCAGUGUACAAAUGGACAGCAAGGUUCAAGGUGGUAAAGCGUACGGCCUCCUUAAGUCUCACCAAGAGGACAAACUAAACGCCAUCAAUGAGGCUUUUCUGUCUGAUGAGCAGUAUGCAGACGUGGAAGACCUUGCCUGCAAGCUUGACGUGUUCAAACAGAAAUACAUGGAGUUUGAUCUUAACGACAAAGGGGAUAUAGACAUGAUGGGCUUAAAGCGGAUGCUGGAGAAACUGGGACUUGCCAAGACUCACUUGGAGUUGAAGAAGAUGAUGUCGGAAGUGGUUGGAGGAGCAACCAAAGAGACAAUCAGUUAUGCAGACUUCCUAGAUAUGAUGCUGGGAAAAAGGCAUGCCAUUUUGAAGCUAAUUCUUAUGUUUGAAGGCAUGAACAAGGACGAGAAGAGACGUGAGGGACCAGCUUCUCCCAAAAACUUCUCAGAAUUACCCUGAGGGAAUUUUCUCUAACACAUCACAUGUUCCACUUAAUAUUGGGGAUUGACAAAUGCCCACCUCUACCUCUUAUGUAACCAUUGUAAAUUAUUUGUCAUGCAAUAUUUAGCUUACUUCCUCGAAUGAUUUUUUAAAUAUUGAAACAUGUUGUAUAUAUAUAUGAAACAUGCCAUCGUUGCAUUUAAAAUAAGAUGUUCAAGAAUCAUAAAGAUUCAAUAUGAUGGAAGCCAGAUGAAACGUAUUAAGGUUUGCUUUCAAAAGAAAUCUAUCAACUGUUUCUUUGUGUUGGAGAAUCCCACAAAACAUUCGAGCCAUACCUACAAAAUGUCUUGCAUGGGUCAAGAAAUAGUAUGUUUCUUGCAAGUUUCGUGGAAAUCAAUUAUGAAGUUUUGUGCUUCUAUACAAAUGGUGAUUAAAGAUCUUUGCUGGAAAAACCAAAUUGCCUCUGAAGUAGUAAUGAAACCUCGACAGGCAAAGUUGUAAAAAUUCCUCAUCAAAUUAAAUAAAAAUGAGUUUGGAUGUGCA